UGCCACAGAUGACUCUCUGUCAGAAUCCAUUCCUGACCUGGAAAGUGAAUAUAUCCCAUCAUCUGACGAAGACCCCUGCAAUACAAACAGCAAUGAUGGGAAUCUUGAUGACAGCAGCGACAAUGAGGAUGAGGAACUCCAAGGACAUCCCGCAGAUUCAGGUUCUGGAGUCAGCAGAAGAGCAACUCAGCUCAGUCAGGUUUGGAGCCAACCUGUCAGAAGGGCGCUUCGAGGAUGAACAGAUUGGUGAGCUCUUUGAACUCAUGCUGGGGUCCACAAAACCCAACAGACAGUUUGACAUCCAGGAGGGUGGCAAAUGAAUCAACCAGCCACAGCAAUGUGCAUGAACAAAAAACAGAAGGUGCUAUGAGUCAGACCACUGAUAGAUUA